AAAAAUUCCCACUAUUCUUAAGGUGUCCACAUACCUAUCGCAAAUAGACGCGGCUUCUCUCCAUCCCUCUUAUAUUAAUACUCCUACAAUACAUCCCAAGUCAUUUCAUUUCCCCAAUCUUACUCCAUUUUCGUUUACAAAUACCCAUUAAUAGAAAAUAAAAUCUUCAAGAAAACUAAAUCCUUUCAGUUUUUCGAGUUACAGCUUUCAUUUCAUAAAAGAUAAGAGUACAACUAGAGUAAUAGUCAAUCAUGUGUGGUGGAGCAGUUAUUUCCGAUUAUAUACCGCCGGGCAGAUCUCAUCGUUUGACUGCUGAUUAUUUAUGGCCUGAUCUCAACGCUGUUAACACUAAAAAGGGUAACAAUGGCUAUUCUAAGCCCUUGAGAUCUGGGGUUAUCAAUCUUGAAGAAGAUAAUGAUGAUGAUCAAGCUUUUGAAGCUGAUUUUCUUGAUUUUAAAGAUGAUUCUGAUGAAGAAAGUUUCAUGUCUACUCCUCAUUUUAAUUCCUUCUCCUUUGGGGAUUUCAAGUCUAAACAACCCUCUAAUGGAUUGAAGCCAACUGAAUUUAAUAGUCAGGCCGAGAAAUCAGCCAAGAGAAAGAGAAAGAACCAGUACCGUGGUAUCAGACAACGCCCAUGGGGUAAGUGGGCAGCUGAGAUCCGUGACCCAAGGAAGGGUGUUCGGGUUUGGCUUGGAACCUUCAACACUGCUGAAGAAGCUGCUCGAGCGUAUGAUGCUGAGGCACGCAGAAUCCGCGGUAAGAAGGCCAAGGUGAAUUUCCCGGAGGAAGCUCCAGUAGCAUCUGCUGCUCCUAGGCGUACUGCAAAAUCCCGCUCUAAGAAACCUGCUGCCAAGAUGAAUUCAACCACUCCUCCCUCACAGAAUAUUAGCCAGAACUUCAACAUCUUGAACAAUGCCGAGAAUGAGUAUUUCAAUAAUUUCGCAUUUGUCGAAGAGAAACCACAACUAAUUCCUGCUGUUGGGGAGUUAGAAUUCAAACCCUUUUCCGCCCCAUCUGAUGCUGCUGCUGCUGCUCUUUAUUUCAACUCGGAUGAAGGAAGCAACUCUCUUGAUUAUUCCGACUUCAGCUGGGUAGAGAACGGCCCUAAAACUCCCGAAAUUUCGUCAUUCUUUGCUGCAGCCCUCGACAACGAGGACGUUCAAGUCCUUGAUGAUGGGAAUGCUGCAAAGAAAAUGAAAUUCGCUUCAGAGGAUGCUUUACCCUUGGAGCAGAACAAUGAAAGGAGCCUAUCUGAGGAACUUUCUGAUGCUGAGUUUGAUAGGUUCUUAGAGACCACCCCGUAUCUCGAUGAGAACUGGGCUAUCAAUGCUUUCCUUGGAAGCAAUGCAACUAAUGACGGUCUUAACCCGAUGGAUCUAUGGAGCUUCGAUGAUCUUCCCACUUUGGGAGGAGUGUACUGAGCUCAGUGUGCGGGUUAGCUCGCCUUCUUUAUGUAAAUAAAACAAGUUAGUUUCUGUCUUUGGUUAACUAGUCUUUGUAUUCCGGGUUUUAAAUUUUAACCCAGAUGAGGUGAUGCGCAUCUAUGUUUGUUUGAUUUUCAGAAGCGUCUGCUCGUGAGGUGAUUUUAAUAGAAGUAUAUGAGAAUGCAUAGUUGUGUUUGGCAGCUGCAGUUCUAAUAUGGGAGUACAUAAGUAACAUUAGGUUUGCCCUUCCAUUUGAGACUCUAUUAUGUUUAAAAGCUUGUAUUUGCUGUAUUUAUUGACAUAAUGAAGGUAAAACCUUUAUGCUUUCAACAUG